UAAACACGCAACGAUGUUAUUGGCGCGAUAUUCGAUUGGCUAAAAUGGACAACUGUUUAAAAGGUAUUAACUUUUGUUAGAUAAUGAAGUCGAUGCUAGAACGUCGGUCAAGGAUGGCGUCGUCGGAACUUCGGCGACCGAAAUCGGCCAAUCCCAAUCGGAGAUUACGAACAGCGACGCACAAAGUGACCGAUCCUCGAGUCCGUCCCGAACAACCGGCAGCCGAAAGAGAAGAGUCUUCCGAGUACCACAAUUUGAACGAAUCGCUCUCCGUUUGGACCAACGAUUCUCUGCUGGAAGAGGUCGAUCCUGGACAGCAGAGGCCAUCCGCCGCCUCGGGCAAACAGCAGCGGACGCCGUCACCCACGUCAUCGACAUACGAUUCGCUGAUGACUUUCGAGUGCAUUCAAAAGGCCAGUGCUUUGCGUGUAUUGGCCAAAACACUUGACAGACAGCGUGACGUCUUGCAGCAGGCCAGCAGCAGCAGCAGCGGUGGGAACGGGAGCAGCACUGCAACGGGAGAUUCGGCUGACUCCCGAAAAACCACACCCCCGCCAAGGAAAUUGCGGCCUUUGGGACGUGAAUACAGCGGUCCUUUUUAAAACAAAACAACAAUUUGAUUUUUAAAUUUUAUUUUGUUCAUUUUUAUUUUUGCGGGUUGUACACACACAGUCAAGGUCCAAUGAAAAAGACGCCAGUUUCAUCGUGAAUAUAUAUACAAUGUGAAAUAGCGUACUGAUGUUAACGUGAUGUUCAACAUCACGAACUGGCGAAUUUCGCUUUUUUGUGUUAGCUCUGCUGGUGAGUUAGGGGGGCGAGCUUUAUACCCAUCACGUGUUACCGAAACAUAUAACGCCAUGAGCUGGGGGUGCGUGACAACAAGUCGUGAUUCACUGCUGAGAACGGAGUAGCUAUGCUAUGAAAUUUAAGUUUGUACGACAUAUUUCCACUGCGGCUGAAUCGUUUGAGUGUAAUCUGAAAUUGCAUUUUUUUUUGUACACGAUCAAAAUGAUGAUGAAUGCGUCUUUUGUGGAAAGUUUACAUUAUAUUCUCGAGUGUUGGCAACGUUGCUAGAUUAUUGUUUACGUUUUCUUGGCCAAUUCGUGUGUCGUCUGCUGCUACUGCGUUGUGGAAUUGAAUGUCAAGUGUCAGAAUCCAAGGGGGGCGUACACACAUACAUCGUUGGAUGAAGGGUCACGACAACUUUCAAGAAUUGAUUCAACAUGACUGUAGCACAAUCUCGUAAAAGUGGA